AUGGCCACCCUUUACAAAAGCCCCCAUGCCCGCACCUUCAUCUCCUCCUGUCUCCGCCUCCAUCCGGUGCACGUCCGCAAACCUCUCAAUUGCAUCUCUGACUUCCAAGCAUCGUUUCCAUAUCACUCGCCAACCCGACGGGAUUUAUCAACACUAUCCACCAUGUCCGCAAUCGGUAACCUCCCUAAAACAUUCCGGGCAGCUGUGCUCACGGGACUGAACCAGCCUCUGGAGCUGCAGUCCUUGCCCUUAAUCCCCCCUGCUCCAGGCCAGAUUCUAGUGAAGGUGCUGGCAUGUGGGAUCUGCCACACUGAUGCCUUCGUCGCGGCGGGGAUAAUCCCGACGUCGUUUCCAAGGAUUUUGGGACACGAGAUCAUCGGGGAGGUUGCUGCGCUGGGGGAAGGGGUGAAGGGGUUUAGUCUUGGGGAGAGGGUCGGGGGCGGAUGGCAUGGUGGUAAGUAUUUUUCUGUUGUGGUAUUUUGUUGCGUCGUUCUUUCCUCUCGUUGA